AUGGCAGCAGUCCCGCAUCCCUUCGAUCCCAUCACGCCCGGGGAGAUCCACCUGGCCACCAGGAUUCUGGAGGCCGCCUUCCCCAAGGUGCCAUUGCGGUACAAGAAGAUCGAUGUGCAGGAGCCCAUUAAGAAGGAGGUUGUUCCUUUCAUUGAGGCCGAGAGACUGGGCAAGCCCUUACCGCCCAGACCGACUCGGCUGCUGCAGGUGCUGUUCCAUCGCAUGGACACCGGUGCCUUCUACAAGGCGCUGCUGAAUGCGGGAAAGCGGUCCGUUGUGUAUGCAAAGGAGCUCCCCAAGGAGAUCCAGGGGCCCGUUGACCCAGAUGAGCUCAUCGAGAUCGAGCAGCUGUGUCUCAACCACCCGGCGGUGAAGGCCGAAGUCGCCAAGAUGCAGCUCCCCAAGGGCGUGACUGUCUGCAACGACCCGUGGAUCUACGGAACCGAUGACCCCAAGGAGACGCGGCGGUUGUUCCAGUGCUAUAUGUACGUCGUGACGACCGACCACCCUCAGAACAACCACUAUUCCGUGCCGUGCAAGUUCUCGCCAGUCUUCGACGGUCUGACUCGGGAGCUGGUCCGUAUGGACUACCUUCCUGGUGGCCCGGAUGCCCAGACAACCGAGACUCAGCCGUGGAAACCGGUCGAGACCAUCCAAUAUGCCCACGACCUCCUGGGUGAACCUCUUCGGACGGACCUGAAGCCCUAUAUCGUGCAGCAGCCUGAAGGGCCAUCCUUCAACUUGCAAGGAAACGUUGUAUCAUGGCAGAAGUGGAGAUUCCACGUCGGUUUCAACAGUCGUGAGGGUCUUGUCAUUUACAAUGUCACUUAUGACAACCGCAACCUGUUCUACCGGCUGUCUGUGUCGGAAAUGACCGUGCCUUAUGGAGAUCCCCGCGCACCCUACCAUCGUAAGCAAGCCUUCGAUGUUGGUGACGUUGGAUUCGGCAUCACAGCGAACCAGCUGUCGCUGGGAUGUGAUUGCCUCGGCCAUAUCAAGUAUUUCGAUGGAUAUCGGGCCGAUUCCAAAGGCACUCCAGUGCACCUCCAGAACGUCAUCUGCAUGCACGAACAGGACAAUGGUCUUCAGCACAAGCACACGAACUACCGCACCGGCGCCGCGACUGUUGUCCGCAACCGCCAACUCGUCCUGCAGAUGAUCGCCACUGUUAGCAACUACGAAUACGUCUUCGUCUUCAUCUUCGACCAAGCCGCCAACAUCGAGCUGGAAGUCCGCGCGACCGGCAUUCUCCUCGACGGUGCCCUUUCGACAACCAGACUCCUCGGCAUCCACCGUUCCCAUGGAGGCACCAACGUCGGGCCCGGCGUCAUGGCGCCGUUCCACCAGCACAUGUUCUCCUUCCGGAUGGACCCCGCGAUCGACGGCCACAAAAACACAGUCUUCUACCAAGACAGCGUCCCCAUGCCCGAGGACGAGAAUAACCCGUGGAAGGUGGGCUACACGACGGAAGAGACGGUCCUGCGGAAGAGCGGCACGGCCGACACCAGCGUCGAGCGGCACCGCGUGUUCAAAAUCCGCAACGACUCCAUCAUCAACCCCAUCACCUACAAGCCGGUGUCGUAUAAGCUGAUGGCCUCGCCGAGUCAGAUGCUGCUGGCGAGCCCGCGCUCGUUCGGGGUGAAGCGUGCCAUGUUCGCAACUAAGCCGAUCUGGGUCACCAAGUACCAGGAUGACGAGCUCUACGCCGGCGGCGAGUUCACCAACCAGAGCAAGGAGAGCCAGGGCGUUGAGAAGUGGGUGCAGCGGAAUGACAAUGUUGAGAAUGAGGAUGUUGUCCUGUGGCAUACCUUCGGCCUGACCCAUAACCCCCGCAUUGAGGAUUUCCCCGUCAUGCCUAUGGAGCGGGUAAGCGUCAUGCUUCGUCCGGAUGGCUUCUUCACCAAGAACCCGGCGCUUGAUGUGCCCCAGUCGACUCAGUCGUUCAACAAGUCAACCUUGCAUCCGGAGCCUGCGGCGUGCUGUGGGCCAGCGAAGGGGAAGCUCUAG